AUGCAGGUGGAGAAAAGAACCCUCCCAAAGCCCAUAAUCUGGGCAGAGCCACACUCUGUGAUUGCCAUAUACAUACCUGUGACUAUUUGGUGCCAGGGUUCCUGGGAGGCUGUGGAGUACCAUUUGUAUAAAGAGGGAAACAUAGAUCCUUGGGACAGACAGCUCCCUCUGGAACAGAAGAACAAGGCUAAGUUCCACAUUGAAAGCAUGUCAAAUGACUUUGCAGGAAUAUACAAGUGUUAUUAUAGGAGCCCUGCUGGCUUUUCAGAGCGCAGUGACACACUGGUGCUGGUACUAACUGUUGAGUAGAGACUAAGGGGAGUCUAUGUUCAACCAAGCCUCUCUGUUUGGUCCAGCUCUGCUGUGACUUCAGGAGAGUCAAUAGCCAUGCAGUGUAGCUCAUCACUGGGAUUUGACAGAUUCAUUCUGAUCCAGGAAGGAAAAUAUAACCUCUCAUGGACACUGGACUCACAACAACAUGCCAAGAUGCCAUUCCAGGCUCAUUUUGUUCUGGGCUCUGUGACUGCCAACCAAUUCAGAUGUUAUGGCUAUUUUAAAAAUGUUCCCCAUGUGUGGUCAACAUCAAGUAAUCCCAUUAACAUUCUUGUUUCGGGUAAGGACCCAUGCUUUCUUCAUGUAUAUGAAGGAGAAGAAGUACACCAAGACCAGAAAGUUCUUAUCGGAAUUUUGGUGACCCUAUUCCUGCUUUUCUUCCUCCUGCUUCUUCUCAUCUUAUUAAGAUACCAUUGUAAAGGCAAAAAGAAGAACGCAGAUGCUUCUGUGAAGGACACACAACCUGAGGAGAGAGUAGAGCUGGACAGUUGGGAGAAACAGAGAAUUAGUAACAAAUCUUCACUGUCUGCCUGGCCAAGCCAUGUUGUUUCUCAGGGACAGUAUGUGACCCUUACUUGUGACACUCACAGUGAGUCUAAUAGAUUCAAGCUGUACAAAGAACAUGGAACUCCUAUUCCUCAGUUCCAUAACAGAAUAUUCCAGAAGACACUUCUCUUGGGACCUGUGACUCCAGCAUAUGCAGGAACCUACAGAUGCUAUAGUUAUAAUCAAUACCAUGAUGAACUCUCAUCAUACAGUGAGCCUCUGAAGAUCAUAAUUUCAGGAAUCUACAGGAAGCCUUUUCUUUUGGCCCUACCAACUUCCCUGGUAAAAUUAGGAAAGAAGGUGACACUGAAGUGCCAUUCAGAGAUUACGUUUGACACUUUCACUUUGACUUCACAUAGAAUGGGAGUAAUCAAGGACUCUUAUCAGCUCUCUGCAGAAUCUCAUCUUGGGAUGUCCUAUGCCAAAUUCCCAAUAGGUCCUGUGACACCUGACCAUGCUGGGACUUACACAUGCUAUGGUUCUUACCACCAAACACCAUAUGAGUGGUCUGAAUCCAGUGAUUCUGUUGACAUAAAGAUUACAGGUUUAUACAAGAAACCUACUCUGUCAGCCAUGAUGGGCCCUGUGGUGAUGCCAAGAGAGAACAUGACCUUGUCCUGCACUUCUGAUCAUCAUUUUGACAUGUUCCAUCUGUCCAGAAAAGGGGUACCUCAGGUACUUGGACUGCCUGCAGUUCAGAGUCACAAUGGAACAUUCCAGGCCAACUUCCUUCUUGAUCCUGUGAUACAGGAAGAGAACUAUAGAUGCUAUGGCUCUUUCAGGAACUCCUGCAAUGUGUGGUCAUCCCCAAGUGACCCAUUUUACCUUCCUACUGACAACUUAUUGGAUUUAUAUCUUUCAGCAGAUAAUCACGGACUCCUGCAUAUUCUGAUUAGAGUGUCAUUUUUGAUGGUGGCUAUCUUCCUCAUGUUCAUUAUUCAUUCUUGGUACUCUGCCAAAAGGAGUAAAUAUCGGGACGAAGAACAUGAAAGAAAAGAAAUGCUGGAGGUGACAUACACAGAAUUUGUUCAUGGGACAUUCAAACAACAAGUGAUCAUGCCCAAUUGCAAGAAGCCUCAGGAAUUAUCUACAGAUACCAGUGUUUACAUGGGAGUUGUGAAAUGA